AUGGAGGAAAAAGAAAAGGUGGAGAAGGAAGAUCAUAAACAACAGGUUGGUUUAAAAGGAGAAGAAAUUGAUGCCUUGGCAGAAGCAGAACCAAAUGACGAACAAGCAAACCAGCUCGAUCAAUCAGAUUCCCAAAACUCUUCACCUCCAUCACCUCUACGAGACUGUGAACUUUCUGAAACACUGAGUUAUGAUGGUGCAGAAACAGGAAGCGAAGUCCUCACAGAUGAAGAGAAAGGCUCGGGUGCUGCCAGGAACCAUAACGGGGACAUUUAUCCCACAUCAGCGAGCAACGACAAUGAAAAGGAGGGAGUUUCAACUGCUUCCCUGAUGGACACUCGUCUACCUUCUGUCGAUGUCCGUCUGAAUCUGAAAGAUCCCACAGAGAAGGUGGAAACACAGAGUUUGGAGCAACAUGAGGGAUUUGAAACAUCUUCGCCGACAUCAUUUCCUGGACAUCACGGUGAAACAGCAGAAGAGGCAGCAGAUGACGAUACCCAAGAUUUAACAUCUGAACUUCAGACAGAUCUACAGGCCUCAGGCUGCAGGUUGGAGGGGAAAGUGUCGGUGAUGGAUGCAGCUGCUCAGUCGUCGUUGAGAGCCGAACCAGUAAGCAAAGAGCUCAGUCCGACCCAAAACUCAUCCAGCGCAGGAAAUCCUGUGAUGGAAGUGAAGGAGGACACAGAACACAAAGAGGAAGGAGGUGAAAACUCACACAAGAUGAACGGCAAGGUCGACGCAGCCAACGACAAGAAGAGUGUUAGAGGGCAAUCAUCAAAGUACAAAACUGUGUCCUACAGGAAGAUACAGAGAGGAAACACCAGACAGAGGAUUGAUGAGUUUGAGUCCAUGAUGGUGAUCAAGCCCUAA